AUUUUUUAUUUGAUUUUCAGAUGCAAUGGAGCGGUGUACUGCAGGGAUAUAUACUGAUUCUCUGUUUAAAUACAAAUCUAGGAACUCUGUCUAAACAUGAUAAAAAAUCAAAGGAGAAGGUUAGUAAGAGAACUGGAGAAGUUGCUCCGCCUGGACCUUGCUCCGACUCCGUGUUCACCAAGAACCUGGUCAACAAGGAAGUGAAGGGAAGGGAUGUUCUGGAACACCAGGCUGCGUACUUCAAGGAUACGCAUCAGAAAAGGUUUGAUGGAACUGUUCUUGGCUACGUCACCCCCUGGAACAAUCAUGGUUACGAUGUGGCCAAAAUAUUCGGGGGGAAGUUCUCUCUCAUUUCACCAGUUUGGCUCCAGGUUACAGUUAAUGAUAACGAUGAUUUCCUGAUUGGUGGAGUACACGACCUGGAUCAAGGAUGGAUUAAAGAUGUUCGGAAACACGGAGCCAAGAUCGUACCACGUCUUCUCUUUGACAGAUGGACCGGGCAGAACUAUGUAAACCUGUUCCAGGACAAGGAGAAGCAGGUUGCAUUGAGGGAGCUUCUCUUCAAUACAGUGAACCAAUUCAACCUGGACGGACUCACGCUUGAGUUCUGGUCCCAGCUUGGAGGGAAAGGAAGGCCUCAGAUGGGUUCCCUUGUCAAUGAGUUAGGCGCAGCUUUUAAGUCCAAAGGACUUAUUUUCAUCCUAGCGAUACCUCCUCCUGUUUAUCAGGGCGAUCAGGUUGGAAUGUUUUUGGGUGAAGAUUUCUCUAACCUUGUGGAGAACGUGGACUACUUCUCCUUGAUGACUUACGACUACAGCAAUCCGUCCCGUCCAGGACCCAAUAGUCCUGUUGCGUGGAUAAGAAAGUGUGUUGAUCUAUUGGAUCCUGCCGGAACCCAUCGGAGUAAGAUCCUCAUGGGACUGAACAUGUACGGGUUCGAUUACACUUCUCAGGGUGGUGGGCACGUGCUAGGACGAGAUCUAGUUCAGUACCUUGAGAAGGUUCCAUCUCUGAAGUUUCAAUUAGAUCCAGAUACUGAGGAACAUUUUGCAGAGUUUAAACUUGAUCACUACAAACAUAGGAUUUUCUAUCCAACCUUGCACUCCAUUCAGGUUCGGAUUGAGCUGGCUGAGGAGCUAGGAGUAGGAAUAUCUAUCUGGGAGAUUGGACAGGGGCUUGACUACUUUUAUGACCUCUUCUAAUCUUUUCAACAUAUUUAAUUAUAUCUAAAGUAUAGAAAUCUUGAAUUCUUCUCCGGAAGUUUUUUGUAAGACAUUAGUACAUAUAAGUACUUAAAUGUAACACAAAACAAAAAAUCAGAACAUUUUUUUAGUUUAGAAGUCAGAAUUAUUGUGUUGUGAAUUUCGGGAUCAAUUGGAAUGAUCUCUAUCUUAUGCAAACCUACGGAUUAACGAUUCUCCGCUCAAGAGUUCUGAUCUCAGUUUAUGUAACCACCAAUAUACUAAAACUUAAAAGGUUAUGAGGAAAGUUCACAUAUUUUAUUCUUUGUAAAACUUGUUUCUGUGAUAUUUACAGUGUUAUCAACACUACGUUUAUGUUUGAUGUCAAAUCCUUCUUAUGUUGUUUGUUAUCAUAUGUUUUGCACAACACCUGCUACUUGUUGCUUGAUUGCAUAGGUUUUGUUUCAGA